AUGAAUGCGGAAGCUACCAACGGCGACGAUCCAGCAACAGAAGGAUAUCCAGAAGACCCGGCGGAUGGAUCAUGGCUCACUGCUCGCGGCCGGCGGGGACGCCGCGCCGACGCUAAGUCUGACCCAGCAGCCCGCCGCCAAAAAGAGACGCAGAAUUUGAACCAAACUGUACCACGACGACCCCAGAGGCCCCCACCUAUGCCCAUUGACGAUUUUAAAGCCAUCCUGCGCCCGAGAAACGGUCUCACAUUCGUGCCAGCCCUGGGGCCUGAAGUGCAAAGGCGAUCAUCCGACAACCGAUCCCAGCUGUCCAGGCCGGCACGAAAGCCACCCAACAAGCAACGAGUGCGCCAGGAACUCGCGAAACAAAAACGGCAACAGCAUCGUCCUCUGGCCCAAUCUAGAGAGCGGCGAAGCGGAUCGCGGUCCCAUUCCCGAUCUCGGUCCCGAUCCUGGUCACGAUCUCGGAGCCGAGGCCCCGGCGAGUGUUCUAAGAACCGCGAGCGGGUACCGCCAUCAUCAUCAUCCUCAUCCCCACCGUCGUCACCACCACCAGUGGCACCACCUCCGGCCAAGAACCCGCACCACUACAGCAACAGCUACCAUUAG